AUGUUAAUGUAUCAAGUGAACCCAACCGCUGUUAGACUGGACCAUCAGAGCGUGACCACAAGUAGAGGUUCAGGCCCUCGAUUUGCAGUUUACACUCCGACCGGCAUAGUGUUCUCCUCCGGCAAUCCGGCGGGCGAUGGAUUGAGAAUUCUCAGUUCACAUCUAAUACCACGAGUCACUUACAGGAGUAUUGAAGAGCUGCGACGUUUGUUAGAGCAAAAAAUAUUAUUAUACAGGUAG